CAAAACACAGAAACGCCUAUGCUCCACCCCAGGGCAAAUUACCACCAUUGCCACAGUGAGGAGAGCUGUGGCAGACCUGCAGCCAAACAGCUCCAGGAGGACAAAGCAGAGCACCCGAAGUGAGGUCCCCCACCUCGGUACUGGUACCUGCUGCAGCUGGCUGGGAGCCCUGGGGACACAUCAAAGUUCCUGUCCCCAAGCAUCCCAGAGCUGCAGGACACAUAUCUGGAACAGCUACCACCAGGGGCUCCAGGACACACCUCAGAGGCCCCUGCAGCAGCAGAGGCCUGCACCUGCCUUCGCCAUGGACAACCUCAGCACAGCCAUCUUACUCCUACUCCUGGCUCUGGUCUGCCUGUUUCUGACCCUCAGCUCAAGGGGCAAGGGCCGGCUGCCCCCAGGACCCAGACCCCUCCCACUUCUGGGAAACCUGCUGCAGCUUCGCUCCCAAGACAUGCUGACCUCCCUUACCAAGCUGAGUAAGGAGUACGGCUCAGUGUACACGGUACACCUGGGACCCAGGCGAGUGGUGGUCCUCAGCGGGUACGAAGCUGUGAAGGAAGCCCUUGUGGACCAAGGGGAGGAGUUUAGCGGCCGCGGUGAUUACCCUGUCUUUUUCAACUUUACUAAAGGCAACGGCAUCGCCUUCUCCAAUGGGGACAGAUGGAAGGUGCUGAGGAGGUUCUCUGUCCAGAUCCUGCGGAACUUCGGAAUGGGGAAGAGGAGCAUCGAGGAGCGGAUCCUAGAAGAAGGCAGCUUCCUCCUGGCAGAACUGCGGAAAACUGAAGGCGAGCCCUUCGACCCCACGUUUGUACUGAGCCGCUCGGUGUCCAACAUUAUCUGCUCCGUGCUCUUCGGCAGCCGCUUCAACUACGACGACGAGCGUCUGCUCACCAUUAUCCGCCUCAUCAACGACAACUUCCAAAUCAUGAGCAGCCCGUGGGGCGAGUUAUACAACAUCUUUCCGAGUCUUCUGGACUGGGUCCCCGGACCGCACCGACGCCUGUUCCAGAACUUCGGGCUCAUGAAAGACCUCAUCGCCCGCAGCGUGCGUGAACACCAGGCCUCCUUAGACCCCAACUCUCCGCGAGACUUCAUCGACUGCUUCCUCACCAAGAUGGCACAGGAGAAGAAGGACCCGCUGAGCCACUUCCACAUGGAUACCCUGCUGAUGACCACACAUAAUCUGCUCUUUGGCGGCACCGAGACUGUGGGCACCACGCUGCGCCACGCCUUCCUUGCGCUCAUGAAGUACCCCAAAGUGCAAGAGCGCGUGCAGGAGGAGAUCGACCGCGUGGUGGGACGCUCGCGGCUGCCCGCCCUGGAGGACCGCGCCUCCAUGCCUUACACAGAUGCAGUCAUCCACGAGGUGCAGCGCUUUGCAGAUGUCAUCCCCAUGAACCUGCCGCACCGCGUCACUCGGGACACGGCCUUUCGUGGCUUCCUGCUGCCCAAGGGCACGGAUAUCAUCACCCUUCUUAACACUGUCCACUACGACCCCAGCCAGUUCCUGACGCCCCAGGAAUUCAACCCCGAGCAUUUUUUGGAUGUUAAUCAGUCCUUCAAGAAGAGCCCUGCCUUCAUGCCCUUCUCAGCCGGGCGCCGACUGUGCCUGGGCGAAUCCCUGGCCCGAAUGGAGCUCUUCCUCUACCUCACCGCCAUCCUGCAGAGCUUCUCGCUGCAGCCGCUGGGGGCGCCCGAGGACAUCGACCUGACUCCGCUCAGCUCAGGCUUGGGCAAUUUGCCGAGACCUUUCCAGCUGUGCCUGCGUGCACGCUGACGCCCUGGCCCUCCCAGAAUCGCCUGUGACAGAUGAGGCCCGUGCCUCAAGGCUGCUCCGUCCUGUUUUUCGUUCUGCUAUCUGCCCCGCACGCCUCCACUGUCACAAUCUUUCUCACACCCUGUGCCUCCAUUGCCUUGUGCCUAUCCCCCACACCUGCUGCUUUAACCGAUCUGCAGGGACAUUUUGCAUCAUUUCCUAGUAAAUUAUCAUAGUAAUAGAUUCAAA